AUUAAAUUCUUAUUGUUACUACUAGUAAGGCACUUGUUUCUAAUAGCUUCUUGUUUCUACUAGUAAGGCACCUGUUAGUACUAGUAAGGCACUUGUUACUAGCAGCGGAAGAGCGGCACCUGGCACCAAUGAUCGCAUCAUUUGUGGUGCUUGCAACGAUCGCAUACAAAGUGCUCUGUUCGUAGUAGUAAGGCCAGGAGCCCCGUUCGUAGCGUCCUUCGACUUGCUUUAAUGGGUGGUUUUCUGGCAAGUUUGAUGUGCCAUGGGCAGAUGACACGCUGCACAUCAUCGUGAUGAUAACUGUUCUUUGAUUGGUCAGGUCUUCGCGCUGCUGGGCCCAGCGCUACCAGUCGCACUCGGUGCGGUGCCAAGCUGUGCGAUUGCAGGGCAGGGGUUGGAGGCCAUCGCUGGUAGGUUUGAAGCUCUAGUGGCCUUUUUCGAUUUGGUUUGCUCAAGAAAGCAUCGCGCCUCGCUAUCCAACCUGAGACUUACCCUUGCCCAACACGGCGACAUCGCAGCAUUGCCACGCAUUCAUUUUGUUUAGCAUUGUCGUGUUGAAGGAGUUCCACACGUUCCUUGAUCAGUUGGCUUGAGGGUCAAGGUUCUAGCCAGUUAGAUUAAGAUCACAGAGAAAUCUUACAGCGAAGGUAUUUUAUUGUUUUUCCUCCGCCUUCAUUCUUCUUCUUUGCCUGCCUAUUUCUUCCUUGAAGCUUUGAAACGUUGAUUCGAGCAGGUAUGAUGACCCGGCCCGGAGCCACAAAACUCGUUUCUUCCUUUUUGCGUUAUGCGUUUCCUCAAACGUUGUUAGACACGAUUGAGGUGGUUACUUCGGCAAAUGGUGGGACAGGCAUUGAGGAUGCCUUGACUUGCCAGGCUUUGUGUGCUGCGCGGCUUUCUUGCUCUGUGUUCACUUACUAUUCUGCAGAUGGAGGCUGUUGGCUGCAAGGUUCGGGUUUGAGGCCCAAGCCAAUGCCAGGAGCAACAGCUGGCCCAAGGUCUUGCCCAGAGAGCACUUUUCCUGAGGCCAACGAGGCCAGCGAGGCCGAGGCCAACGGCGAUUCGAUUGUUAUCACGGCAGCGCCCAUGGCGCCCAUUGAUGUCACGACUCCUAAGCCCUCACGCUUCAUCAAGGCUGGCGACCAACUGUACUUCGCAGAGGGCAACAACCCACGAAGGAUCCAUUUGGUCCGCUUUCAUUGCACUGGCUGUGAAGAAGCAUGCCAGACCUACAUCACCGUCAAUCCAGAUUACGUGGCUUCUUUGCAACAGGAUUUGGAUUUCACCUGUGCCAUGCUGGUGUCCACCACUACGGUGGAACCUGGAGAGUUUCAGGUGUCCUCGGUCUCCUCGUCACCGUGGUGGUGGCCUCUUCUUUUGUGUCUUUUGCUUUGCUGUUGCUUAGCAGGUUUUCUGAUCUUCGAUGAAGAUUGGCAGAGGCGUGCCAAGGGCAUGGUGAAGAACUCCAGCAGCUCAGGCAAAGCUGAGCGGCAGCCGCUCACCGGGAGCCAUGGCACUGAAGGCUCCGAACUUUCGGCCUUGCCUGCUUCGGUACUGGGGCCAGGGCCGCCUGUUUCUGGCACCACCUAUACGGUCAAGGAGCAUCAGCCUCGCCUUUUCGCCGCCUGAGAAGACCAUAGGAGUUCGUCUCACCUGAGUCCAAAUCGGCCGAGCGCAGCCGAGCGCAGCCGAGCGCA